UCGGGGAAAUUGGAGAGAGCGACGUUGAAGAAUCGUAGGUAGCCGUCGUGAGGAAACCACGGAGUGCGGGGAGUGAUGGAAGACGAGAAGCGCAGCGAGACUUCGCCGAAACCCUGCCAGCCGACCCCCUUCAGCAUCGCCGAUAUCCUCAGCCGUGAGACCUCCUCCUGCGCGGACCCGAGGCGAUGCUUGGACCUGGAGAAGAUUCAGGCCGCCGUGUUCGCGCCGAUCAAGAGACACGGCCGGGAGUACGCGGAGAACGAGCACCUGGACGCCGGCUACGAGCACGAUGCUCAGCUGAUCCAUUAUCCGAGGCUGCCCAGCCCGGAACUGGGCGCGAUGCAUGAGCUGAAUAUCUUGAGGAGGAACCUGGCGCAAGUGAACCUAUCGAACUUCGGCGGCGCGCACUUGACCCAGGGAUCUUUCAAGCACCACCUCGAGGCCCUGGGAAACCUGACGGCCUACCAGCCCGCCAAGGAAGCCCCGACGGAGGCUUCUCACAGGCAGCAGGACGAAGCGUUGGACAUGAGCAAGAGCAAGUACUUAGACGAGACAGAGGACGAUGCGUACGAGUCGCAGAAUCCGGGGCAGAAUUUGCAGAGCAGGAAGAAGCGUAGCAGAGCGGCGUUUUCGCACGCGCAAGUCUACGAGCUUGAGAGAAGAUUCGCCGCUCAGAAGUAUCUGUCAGGUCCCGAGAGGGCAGAUCUGGCACGCGGCUUGAAACUGACGGAGACGCAAGUGAAGAUCUGGUUUCAGAAUCGACGGUACAAAACCAAGCGGCGUCAACAGCAGGAACUGGGCGCCCUCGUGAAUUCCGGGAGCGCCAGGCGCGUGGCAGUACGCGUCCUGGUACAUCCGGAGGAACAUUUGAGGGGAUUGCCUCUUCGUGGUUCUGCCCAACUUCCCGGACAAAUGUCGAGCUCGCAGAUUCAUCCCGCGAACAAAGCGCUCGGAAGUUUCCCGUAUUGUUAUCUGCCGUAUCACCCGUUGCUCUGCCCGCCCCUGCAUGCCACCCACGUUCAGGUACAAAGCGCGAUCACGCCCGAUUUCGUCCCGAGUCAAAUCUCCAAAAUCAAGGACGAGAAAUAA